CCCCUGUCUUUCCUGCAAAAGCCCGCGCUCUUUCAUUGUUGUGUUUGCGCUGGAGAACAGCGCAACGUGUUGCAUGAGUUCUCGGUACUGAACAGGUGUUGAGGAGAAACUUGAACAUGGCAGUAGUCAUACGGCUUCACGGGCUAAACAUAGAGGCAGGAUCUGAAGAUAUACGUAGAUUCUUCGAUGGAUUACAAAUCCCAGGAGGAGGUGUAUACAUCACAGGAGGCAGCAGAGGGGAAGCCUUCAUAAUAUUUGCAACAGAAAAAGAUGCUCGACUUGCAAUGCAACGUUCUGGAAGUGUACUCCGAGGAUCUCGGGUAACCCUGUCUCUCAGCUGUAAAGAGGAACUGCAGCACCAGAUGGCAUAUCGUUUAAAAAAAUGCAAAUCUUCAAAAAAGGGCCCAGAAAAAAAAGCGAAAGCAUUAACUGAAGCAAGUACACCUGACCCAGUGGCAGCAUUAUUACUCGGCUUAUUUACAGCCAUUGGAAGCCUGCAGGCAAAGCAGUUGGGAUUGAACAUGGCACCACAGCCAAUGAAGAAUGUGGAGUGUAAGCCUGACCAUAUUACUACCUCCAAGGAGCAGCUAAAGAGAAGGAGGUCAACGUCUCGCAUGAACACCCAUUACUUAAGGCUGUACGGACUGCCAGAAUUGAUCACCAGGCAAGAUAUUGACCAUUUUUUCGAAGGACUCCAGGUUGAAGACGUUAUUACCAAUGUCCAGAUUGGCCGAUGUUAUGGCUGCCUGGUGAAAUUCACUAGAGAGCAGGAUGCUUUAGAAGGGCUAAAGUUAAACCAUCAAAGUAUUGGAUCUUUUUCUGUUGAAGUUAAGGAAGCCUCAUUGGAGAUGUGGGUCAGUGCACUUAAGUAUAAAAAGUCAUUGAAAGAAUGCCAGAGGAAUGAGUCUUCAGCUCCAGUUAAAAGGUAUCCUGAAGGCUGUUUGAGAUCAAGUUCACCGAAGAGGCACCAAUCCUGCACACACUCACCUAGUGAAGAAUUCUGUGUGAAGAUAGAAAAUAUUUCACCGAAAAUGUCAAAGACUGAGAUCAAAGAAUUAUUUGGAUGUUCGUACAUUAAAAAUGAUAAGGUUUUACAUUUACUUGAUCAGCAAGGCUACAGGACUAGCACUGCAUUCAUUAUCUUUGACAACCUUAAAGACUACCAUAUUGCAUUGAAUCUCAAUAGAUGCCAGUUCUCCUCUCAGACUAUAAAAGUCUCAGCAGUCACAAAGGAAAACAUAACGGAGAUGAUCAACAGCAGUAAUCUAAUGACUGAGGUGGACCGAGGCAGCAUUGAAGCACUUAGGCCUGAAAAACCCAGAGGGAGAUUUCACUCACUCAAAACUUGCUUGUAUGUACGAAACCUGCCAGCUGAUGUUCAGAAGGUUGAAGUAAAAGAUUUUUUCUCUGAAUGUGGAGUUUCAGCGGAUCACAUCAACUUGCUGUAUGAUCAGCAGGGUGUGGGAAUUGGCGAGGCACUGGUGAAAUUCCAAUCGGAAGAUGUGGCCAAAGUAGCUGAAAGUCGAAACGGGAAUAUCUUCCUGGGAAGCAAUGUGCUUCUGACCCUUAUAACACCGCAGCAAAUGGAGGAUUUGCUGCACAAGAGGCACUGAAGACCACAUGAACAGGAGACAUGCAUCACUACGGGCAGCAUUUCAAUGAGCUGUGAUCAUCUCUACUCAAAGAUUUGUACAUGUACAUGUACAUCUUGCCUGAAGAUGCUUAUUCGGAGGAAUGGUGAAAGAUCUGAAGUGAAGAUUUUGAAACCAUCACUGGCAUUUGAAUUCAUCUUAAGUAGAGCAGUUUAUGGACUGAGUGCAGCAGUUAAAUCAUUGAUGCACUAGAUUUUCCUUCAGUAUUCUGAAAAGUACUGAAAGUGCACGGUUAAGUCAGUGGCAAGUCCUACUGCAUGGGGAGAAGGAUUUAAUGGGGUAAAACUACAAUACACUUUUCUUUCUUUUUCUUUUUUGAAGAGUAGAAAAUGAAGUACUAUGAACCCUCCUUUUACAUGACAAUAGCCUUUACAUUACAUUACUCCCCAAAAGUAAUAGAAUGCUAUACUAGGAAGUGCAUAGCUGAUGACAGCCCAAGGCAGAAGGGAAUUUAAAAGGGCAUUUAAUAUCUUGAAGAAAAUGUUUUUCUUUUUUUGCAUAUACUUUGGAACCUUUCUAAGCAACAUUUCAAUGUUAUAUAAAAGUAGAAUAAACUAACAUUUGUUCAGUUCAGACGUUUCUUUAUUUUC